GCGUAGCGCCGGAGCCACCUGUCCACUCCCACAUCCGCCCAGGGGACGCCUCUGUGCUCACUGUGUAUAUAACCCGCUCUCAGUCCCGCCUCUCACACCACACCUGCUCCUCCUCCCACAGGCCACCAUGCACAGGCUGCUCGUCCCCGCUGUCCUGCUGGCCGCCACGGUAUCUGCCACCCUCUUCCAGGACUGUGGGUCGGUGGGGUCCAUGGUGAGCCUGGAAGUGGAUGGCUGUGACGUGCCUCCCUGCGAAAUCCACCGAGGCCACACCGUCAACACCAGCCUUCACUUCACUCCCAGCCGGGACUCGGAGACGCUGACGGUGAAGGUGACGGCUAACGUCGGGGGUUUCGACCUCCCCUGGGAGGGGCUGGACCCUAACGCCUGCCACUUCACCCCCUGCCCUCUCGUCCAGGGCAUCCCCGUCACCGCACAGAUGCCCAUCAAAGUCUUGGAUGAGUAUCCGGCGCUCUCGACCAUUGUGACGAUAAAGUUGGAGGACGUUACCGGUGAGCCUCAGGCGUGCAUCGUCCUCCCAAUCGUGUUAGUCUAGGGACACCACCAUUGUCUCACAAGGACCUAACAAUGGAAAUUCAUUGGCCCAACUACCACCAUCCUGGAUCCCCCGCCACCGCCACCACCCGGGAAUCCAGUCCAACACCGCCCAGGGAAAUCACUGUCAUCUAUUUAAAAAUUCACCUGGUAUUAAUCAGCAGAUAGGAUGCAAGCCUACAAAAUCCGGCGUUGUAAAUCUGAGUGCCAGAUGCAGCACAAGCCACAACAGUUACUUCUGCUGACUUGAAUGAUUUUGGUCAGCUAAGUAUCCUGUGUAAGAACAAUACUUUACAGCCUCUUAUGUCUCUAAUGUGUGAGGAACGUGUGUGGAACCUGGAAGACAUUUCUGGCUACUUGUCACAUAUUAAUCCUUUACUGUUUACUUACAUAUUAUUUAUGUGUCUCUUCCUUAAUUCUAAGGUUGGAAAUAUAUCAUCAAUAAAACUGUCUUGCCUCAUAACCUCCAAAAUGCGAAAUUUAACAUAAAAGUAAAGGACUCCAUAUUAAGUUUAGAUAAUAGGUAAGGUUAUUAUCAGGAGAAAACGCUAAUACUCUGUUAAUUAGUAUUCUAUAAAGAGAAACAAAAUUC